CUCUUUUCUCCCCCCAAAGCACUAUGUGAGUGAGCACAAGCUCUUCCUCUCAUAGCCUAUCGAUCCCUGAUGGGAUGCUCUUUGACAAGGAAGGGGAUGCCCAAGGGUCCUGAGCGUGCAGCCCAUAAGCUUAGCCAGACCCCCCUUCCCAGCCUGCAGAUGUGAGAGGAGAGUGAAGAUGCAGUGGAGCUGUAUGACUGUUUCAUGCACACACCCCUUCUAGGAACUGGCUUUCCUGCAGCAUCCUUCAUAUGUGGUACCCAAACAGAGCUGGAUGCCUGACCUGCCUCCCACCUUGCUUCCCUGUUCCACCUCCCCGUACCUUUUCCAAUUGCUAACCCCCUCCGUGCCCUUCUGCCUGGCUCGCAGCAGCUGCAUAUCGGAAGGGAUUGUCAAUGAAUUCCUGAAGACUUUAUAAUAUGGAUCCACAGCGUCCAAGCAGGAUAAUUAUACUUGGACUCUGGCUCUUCCUGAUUCACAGUAGAAGCACAAGUACUGCAGAUGCUGAAGAGAAUGUAAAACCUCUGCAUAUCCACAGACAUCAACAUGGCCUUGUGCAAUGCGGACUGGCUCAGUCUGUGGCCCUCCCUUGCCUUUUCGUGGUUCGCUCUUCCCAAACCCAACAGGCUUUCAAUAUCACCUCAGAAUCACCACGCAUUAAGUGGAGCAAACUUCAGCCUGAUCAAGGAGAAAAGGAAAUAGCUGUUUUGGUGGCCCGUGAAAAUGUGGUCAAAGUCGCUCGUGGCUACGAGGGAAGAGUAUCUUUGCCUGGAUACCCCCACAACCGCUACAAUGCCACACUGGUCUUGUCCAAUGCUCAUGCCAGUGACUCAGGGAUGUACCGCUGUGAGAUUGUUUUGGGCAUUGAAGAUGAACAAGACACUGUGCCACUGGAAGUCACUGGUCUGGUCUUUCAUUACCGAGCGGCAAGUAAUCGGUAUGCACUGACCUUCCCUGAUGCUGUGCGAUCCUGUAAGGAGAACUCUGGUGUCAUUGCAUCUCCAGAGCAACUACAAGCUGCGUUUGAGGAUGGAUUGGAUAACUGUGAUGCAGGAUGGCUGUCUGAUCGAACUGUCAGGUAUCCAAUAAAAACUCCCAGGCCUGGUUGCUACGGGGACAGAAAUAAUCUCCCCGGUGUUAGGACGUAUGGCGAAAGGGAUCCACAGGAAACCUAUGAUGUGUAUUGUUACACCAAAGAACCACAAGGAGAUGUUUAUUAUGUUUCCGAACGAAACAAUCUGGAAGGUGCCAGAAACUCUUGUCUGCGUGAUGGGGCAACAUUGGCCACGGUGGGGCAACUGUAUGCAGCAUGGAGAAAGGGUUUAGACCAAUGUGAUCCAGGCUGGCUGGCAGACAACAGUGUCCGUUACCCUAUUCGGAACCCAAGAAAAAACUGUGGUGGUGAAGAACCAGGAGUUCGGACUUUAUAUCAAUUUCCAAACCGCACAGGUUUCCCUAAUCCCACGAAGAGGUUUGGAGCAUACUGCUACAAAGCUCUUCAAGCAACAGCCCCCACCUCACAAGGGAAUGAGCAGCAAGGUCCAACGUUCAUGCCACAGGAAGACCUCAGGCUGAUAAAACCAGAGCUUCAAAGUCAAGAGCCUGGACAAGCAACACAAUUGGAAUUUAAUAAUGCCUUGUCUGCCACUGACAGUGUAAUGCCUACUACAAGGCAUGGAUAUGAAAUCGAAGGCAGCGAUCCAGUAACAUCCAUAGAUUUAAAGGGAAUUUCAAAGGAAGUCAAUGUGUUAUCUUCCAAGCUGCUUAAUCCAGCUUUCACUGAAGAAGUGCAACAAGAAACAGUGACUAGUGAUCCACUGAAAUCAGAUUAUUUUCACAGUUCAAGGCCGCCAACUAUUACACAUGCCUCUAUUUGGGAUAGGAAACAGGAUACAAUAGGAGCACACGAUACUAAGACGACUACAGCUACACUCAGGAGGAAAAUUAGCAAAUAUGAGGUUUCCAAGGGACAAGAAGAGGACUGGUCAUUGAACAUGGUGGCCAGAAAAUCAAAACUCAGACAGAAAACUUGGAGGGAUAUUGUAGAGCAAGUGGAACCAGAUUCUUCAGAAGAACCUUCAAAUCCUGGCCAAGUGCCCAAACAGUUUGGACUUGACAGGGAUAUAAAUUCAGUUCCAGAAGAUGGUCAAAAUUCUUUGCAGUAUAUAUGGCUUUUAAAUAAACAUAAGGCUCUGUCUGCUAAUACUGAUGGACCUGGUCACAUUUCUGAAACCAAAUUUAUUUAUGAACACUUUGAAAUUCCCACUCCUACAGCAGAAUUGGAAAAUGGAAGGAAAAGCACAAAUAUUAAUACAGUAAAAAAGCAAACUAGUUUAGUAGAAGAAGUCAGUGGUCAAAGCAAGCCAGGUUCUUUAGACAGCCCAGCUAAAAAAUCUGACCGAGUUGGUGGGCAGCAUUUUCAGAACAGACUUAGUGAACAUGAAACAAGUUUGCCAAGCAUUAUUUUAUGGAAGCCUGAUGGAUCUGAUGGCCAGAUGCAAAGCAACAAUGAACUGCCGACCAUAGGAGACUGGGACAAAGACCAAAUACCUCAGAUUGACUCUCUAUCCAGUUCCAAUGGAGUGAAGGAAACAGGGAAAGUGCAAUCAAGAUUGACUGGCAUGGAAGAGCAUGAAAAAACAGAACAUCUACCAAUAAAUCCAUCAUAUCAAGAUGCCAGUGCUGCAACAGUAGGUGAAAACCAGCCAACAGUGCAGUCACUGACAGAAGAGCCUCAUGAUAAUAAAAGAGCAGAACAAUAUGCUAUGAAAUUGGAUAGUAAUCAAGAUUUAUUGGAUGACUGGCUGCCUACAAUUACUGAGCCUCAUACAGGUUACCAUCCAUCAACUGAAACACCUCCUUUAAGUAGUACUAAAUUUCCUUUAGACAUUGUCAAGGACUCAAAAGUACCCAAAAAUUGGAUUAAUGCAGGUGACAACCAUAAGGAGCCAAAUGAUCGAGAAAGCUCUGAAGUGCUGUCAACUAGAGGUCAUAAAACCAUAGAUGGAGAAGAUGUUGAGGGGUUUUCGGGAGAUCUUACAGUAAAAAAUGACAGACAUUUAUCAUUAGAAACUCCAAAUCCUAUUGAUUCAGCUGUAACAACACAAGGAUCAGGUAAUUUUUUCUUCCCAGUAACAAAACAUUCAGACACAAUAUGGGAAACUGUUGACAUGGGAGAUGGAGAAAAUCUAUACUCUAAUUUCCAAGAACGGAAAGGCAAAGAAAAGACAUUUUCAGAGAAACUAGCAUUAUCUUUUCAAAAGAAUAAAACAGAUGAAAUACAUACCUCACCUGACUUGAAGGUGUCAGCAACCACCAUUUCUGACACUAUCUUGGGGCACAGGAAUUCUGAUUUAUUAAAUGCACUUCCACAUUCAAAUCAUGAUCCCUAUCAUGAAAAUGUCAAUCCAGACGCAAUAAACAAAACCACUCUGCCACCAAGUCUCACAACCAGCAGUCAGGAAGGAUCCAAAGGGUGGCAACAAGAAGUAACUUUGUUGGCUCCCGAUCUUAAAGAAGUCCCCAAAACUGUAAUCACUGAAAUAGAAAACCAAACCACAGCUGUUAGCCACCAUGAAACUGUUACUAAGAACCUAGGCGUUGAAAGUAAAACCAGCUCAAUACAGAGCAUAAAAGUUGCAUCUUAUGAAGCCCAUCAUGAACCUAGUGAAGGUGAUAAAAAGAAGACAACAGUUGAAAGUGUUAAGUCAGUUCCAGAAAGUGAACACAUUUCUGCAACCAGCUCAUUUACAACCGACUCAAUCUUGGCGACAGAAGACAGGGUGACGGUUUCCCACGGAACACCAAGACCUCAUUACAGUUUUAUCUCACAGUCACCUCUAACAUCUAUUACUCAACUGGACAACUUAAAAACUGAGGAUGGGAAAAUGAGAACAAUCAUACCAUCUCUCAUUUAUGGAGGAGACAAGCCAAGUCGCAUGCAGGAGUUUUCUGAUCAGCCUACUUAUGAGUCUGCUAUUGCCUCUGACGCUACUUUUAUGUUUGGACCUACAGCAGAUAGUGAGAUGGAAGAAGCAUUAUCCCUGGAGAAGGAAGAGGAUAUAGGAAGUGGUAGAGAAGAAGACAGUACACAGUGGCUUAUUGAAGGUCAUAGUGCACAAGGGGAACCUCAGCCUUGUGUUCACAGCCCUUGCUUGCAUAUGGGGACCUGUCAGUCUAAUGAAAGCACAUACAGCUGCAUCUGCCACAAAGGCUAUACAGGAGAAAACUGUGAAAUUGAUAUUGAUGAAUGUUUAUCCAACCCCUGCCAGAACGGAGGAACAUGCAUUGAUGAAAUCGACUCAUUCCUUUGUUUGUGUUUACCAAGCUAUGGCGGAAGCACAUGUGGCAAAGAUACAGAAGGCUGCGAUCAUAACUGGCACAAAUUCCAAGGAUCUUGUUACAGAUACUUUCCUCAGCGGAGGCCGUGGGAGGAGGCAGAAAGAGACUGUCGAAGGAGAUCUGGCCACCUCACUAGUAUACAUUCUCCUGAGGAACAAGUAUUUAUCAAGAGUUUUGGUCGUGAAAACACCUGGAUUGGUCUCAAUGAUAGAACAGUGGAACAGGACUUCCAGUGGACAGAUAAUACAGCACUGCAAUAUGAGAGCUGGCGGGAUCAGCAGCCAGAUAACUUUUUUUCUGGUGGAGAGGACUGUGUAGUUAUGGUUUCACAUGAAGAGGGAAAGUGGAAUGAUGUGCCAUGCAACUACAACUUACCUUACAUCUGCAAGAAAGGAACUGUCCUUUGUGGUUCACCUCCUUCUGUCAAAAAUGCUGACAUUAUCGGUAAGAAAAAAGAAAAAUAUAGCAUCCAUUCUACAAUACGUUACCAGUGCCAGGAUGGUUUUAUACAGCGUCACAUACCAACUAUCAAAUGUCACCGGAAUGGAAGAUGGGAUAAGCCCCGUAUCCUAUGUGUCAAACCUAGAAGACAUCACAGGACAAGGAGACAUCAUCGUCAGCACUGGCAUCACCCACACAAAAAACAAACACAUGACACAAAUCACCAGCACCACCAUCAACAUAACAAUAAUCAUCACCAUCACCACCACCACCACAAGAACCACCACCACCAGCACAAAUCUCACCGUGAAAGGAGAAAAGAAGAACGGCAUGCACACAGAAGAGAUAAGGACACUUACUAUUAAGAAGCAUCUGGUCACUGAGUCAUGAAAAUAUCACCUACUGCCGACAUAUCCAUCAACCAUAGGGGCGACAGAUAUGAUGCAGCCGAAGACCACAUAACCCAACCCCUAUUUAGUACUAUAUGUUUCUGAGAUGUGUUCAUUGGAAAUAGCACCAGGUUUAAUAUGACUGUAUAUGUUUAUGUAAAUCUGGUGUUGUAUGUGUCUUACAACAAGCAACAUCUUUCUAUAACCGGUCAAUGGAACUGAAAUAUCCAUAAUCAACUCAGAGGACUAUUUAAUAACUUGCUGUAUUAUCUGCCACUUCACCUUCUACAUUUCCAAGAACCAAGAAAUAGACAUUCAGGCCCAUUUGUUUAAGAACUCUUUUGAAAAGAUUCUCUCAAAUUAUUAUUUUAUAAUGGUCUUUUAAUUUGUGAAGAGCAGCAAGAAAAUAAGGCCACUCAAUUUCUGAUGAAGAUUUGUAAAAUAUUAACCCUCAGAGAAACCAUUUUGAUUAUCACAAACACCAGGACCAUAAUUGGUAGACAAUAUGGACAAAUAAGGGUCAUGGUAUGAGCCUGACAGAACUCAUUAUCACCAAUUAAAGUGUACUUUGUCAGAAAGGUAAAAAAUUAAAUGGUAAAAAGCAACACAUAUUGAUCUGCAUCUGUUUAUAUGUGGGGAUAGAUUUUGCUCAAAUCCAAAGGGCAAUCUGGAUAUUUGGGGUUCUCUGUAACAGUCUUUGAUUUUCAGUCCUGUAUAGUUUUGGUGGGUAUAAUAAUUUGCCACACUCGUUAUACUGAGGGGAAUUGAAUUUCAGUUUUAUAAAAUGCAUAAUGUUAAAUUGUGCAAUUUGAUUGGGAAAAGGUGUCUUUUUGCCACUUAAUGCUUGUGGUUGAGUGAGCAGUAAAAAGGCUAAGACUUUGUGCAAA